AUGGCUCCGAGCUCCACUUCGGCCUCGUCCUUGAUGAAGCCGAAGGGGAAAGCGCUCGUCGGCGCGAUCGCCCUCGGUUCGCUCGUGUUCCAUUUCGUACUGUCGUCCAAGCUCGGCUGGGUCUCGUCCCAUCUGGCGAGUGACCGCGAGGAAGAAGACUGGAGGAGGCUCGAAGGCAUCCGGGCCGUGAUCGGGGUCGGGAGAGCCGUGUCGCUCGCUUCCGGCGCCGUCGCCGCGCUCGGGCUCUACGGCGUCGUCAAGGACCAUCUCCCUUUCCUACGCCUCUUUACGCUCAACUCGUUCAUCUCGCUCGGUGGAGAACUCGGUCUGCUGCUGGUCAUCGUCUUUCUCGCAUCGUCGUCCUCGUCGAGCUCGGUCACGUCGUCCGUGUGCGCGUCCAUCUCCAACUCGGACAUCUCGCUCGAACUCUUUGGCUGGUCCCAAGAGACAUGCGAGGAGCGCUUCAGCUCGUUGCUGCUCACCUUCCUCGGUUUCGCCGCGACCGUCUCGUUGCUUCGAGCGUGGUGCUCGGUCCAGGUGCUCGGGUACUACACCAACCUGUCCAAACGACUGCAGCGUCGACCCCACCUCUCGAUCAACGUCCGAAGUGCGACGGCGUCCAGCUCGGGCGACCGCUACUACGAUCGAGAACCCGAUUCGGCCGGAGGCGGAUAUGCAGGAUCUUUGUCGUCCAAACGUCAACGCAUCUUUCUCCUACCUCAACCGAUCGAUCGACAACGUGAUGGCUUGGGUGUCGAUGUCCCCUUGCUGUCGUUCACCUCCAGUACACCGGAUACGACCUCGUUCCCUCCGACAAGCUUCCCUCCUACGACGGGGCACACGACUCUUGCUCCGAUUGAAGAGACGCCCAAGUAUCUCGUGUACGCGCCAGUGAUGAUGACGGCCGAAGAAGCACGCACCAUUGGAGCUCGUGAGCUCGUGCUCGGUAGUGGGAGUGGGCGGACGAGACCUCGUUCGAAUCCAAGCAAUAACCAUUCGGUGUCGACACCGCUGAGCGCGCACCCCGUCUCUGGACUUGAUUCGCCAACACCGACGCCGACGGCUUACAUUCCCUCUUUACUGUUGCCGACAACGGACGAAGCCCCGAACGUGAAAGGCAAAGUAGCCUGA